AUGAUGAACCAAAAUCUCAAUCUCGAUUCAAUAUUUCUUUGGCUAGCAAAUAUCAGCCCCCAGGGCGAUCUUCUCAGCAGCUCUUCCGGUGCGGCUUCAGCCAGUCACCAGCAGGAUCUUGACCAGGACCUCGACCAAGACCUAAAACGCCCCCGCAAGCGUCCUCGCCUGGCCCUAUCGAUUGACGACGACAGCAGAUUCACCAGAAUCGAGAAUGAAAUUGUUCCAAGGAAAAACCCUCGCACUCAAGAGACACGACAUCUUCCUUCUCCGACCGAAACCUAUCUACCAGUCUCCCACCACGAACCCAUCCCAUCAUCUCACGAUAUGACACACCCCCAUACACCCUCCCCCCAAAAACGAGCACUCGACGACACCACGACCGACGUUGGCUACGACCUCGACUACACUCCAAGGCCGUUUUCGCUUACUGGUGUCACAUUCUCUCCACGACCAUCCGAUCAGUCUUCCGUUUCUGGCCAGUCUGUGACAAGUCGAGCAUCCGGAGCAUCAUCCCCAAACAAGCGGCUUAGAGACAAUGAGAUACUCGAUUCUGGCUUCACGCUAGGCCAAUUUUCAGAGGACCCAGAUCUCCCAUCAUCUCUGCGAACCCUCAUAGACAAGCUGGGCGUUAUCGAAGAUGGUUUCCAUCUACUGCCCACUUCCCGCAUGUCCGAUGUCGAUCCCGUCACGAAACCAAAAAGAGGCGCCUCCAUCCCACGCCAUGCUUUUGGCGCGGAAGGGGACUUUGCAACUGCCUACAAAAGUCGUGUUCCCAGUCUUGAUUGGAUGCAAGAAGUGAAGUCAGACGCCAACAAAUGCGAACGCGAACGGUCCUCUGAAAGCCAAUGGAACGCGGAAAUCCAUCUACCUGUCUUGAAAUGGAUCUGCAAGAAAGCGAGCAUUACACCUGGGCUUCUAGGGACCCAGUACUGUACGACCGCCCAGAUUCUUUCAAAUUACCGUCCGAAGGGCGCUCCGACGCAGAUGGUAGACUUCUGCAUUGUCGUCGACCCGGCCCGCGACAUGCAAACGCCCGAGGCGCGAGGCAUCAUUUCAAGAAAGUGCAGCUCGAGACCCGGAUCUUCCAUCAACCACUCGGACAUGGGUGGUCUCACUCACCUCCCAAUUGCUCUUUCGCUCGAGACUAAGCGUCCGGGUGUCGAGUGGGAUAAGGCUCUUUUGCAAGUGGGCACGUGGCAGACAGCGCAAUUUAGGAGCCUUAAACAGCUUGGCUGGGAUCCAGAAGCCUCGGCGAUCGAGUUUCUUCCUGCGGUAAUUGUGCAGGGUCAUGACUGGGACUUUGUGGCGACUGUGCCCGGGCUUGCCGGUGAUCAGUCGGUCAUCUAUCUAAAAGUUCCGAUGGGUUCGACACGCCACGAGUGGGGGAUAUUGAAGCUUGUUCUCGCCCUCCAGUGUGUCACUCAGUGGUGUGAAGGGGUGUUUUGGCCAGCGUUCAAGCGUGAAUGUCUUGGUUGUUUAGUGCGCACAGUAUAA